AUGAAGGCGGCAGUUCUGUGUUUAUGCCUUAUCAGCAUCACCGCUGCAUGGCCAGUGAGUAAAUACAAGCAGCAUGCCGUUUCUGCCAGCUCUGAAGAAAAAUAUGAUCCCAGGGGCCAUCACUCACACAGAUACCACCACCACCACAUGAAUUCUCAGUCUUUGGAGAGUCUGCAGCACACACAGAAUGACCUGAUGUCACCUCAGCAGACUCUUUACUCUUCAGAAGAAAGCGUGGAUGUCCCAGUACAACCGCACUUUCCUGAUGUGUCAAGCAAGAGCCAUGAAGAUGUGGAUGAUGACAACGAUGAUAAUGAUUCCAAUGACACAGAUGAAUCUGAUGAGGUUGUCACGAGUUUUCCCACAGACAUUCCAGUAACUGUACCCUUCCCUCCUUUCCCUUUCACCCGAGGAGACAACAGCGGCAGAGGCGACAGCGUGGCCUACAGGGUGAGGGCAAAAGCCACAGUGGUGGAGUCUAGCAAACUCCGCAAAGCUGCAAAAAAGCUCAUUGUGUAUGAUGCCAGUGAGGAGGAUGAGAGUGCCCUGGAUGCACACAGCCAGCAAACAGGGCUCUCCCGGGAGAAGCACGCCAUCAGCAGGGAAUGGGCUGACAAGAGCCACGGGCAGGACAGCAGUGAGCUGGACAGCAAGCAGCAUGACCGGAGCAUGGAAAACGACAGCCGGCAGAAAUUUGAUAGCCACGAGGCAGGAGAUGAUAGCAAGGCUGGUGUCAGAGGGGAUAGCUACCAGACCAUGGAAAGCAGGGAGAGCCAGGUCCGCGUUUCAGCUGAGACCCCUGACGAUAACAGCAAUCAAACGUUGGAGAGUGCUGAGGAUGCUCGAGAUCAUCACAGCAUUGAAAAUAACGAAGUCACCCUUUAA